UUAGUUGGAUAAGGAGGGGCAAGAUUGUGAAUGGCCUUGAACGUGUAGAGGAGUAUUUUCAAAUGAAUUAAGGAUUUAAAACUUGACAGGGAGCCAGUGGGGAUGCUGCAGUGCAGGGGUAAUGUUGUGACAAGAAGGGGUUUUGGUGAUGAUGCUUUUCAAACACCUUUGUCAUGUUAUGGCAGUUACAUCUGUUUUCAAUGGUCCAUUGCCAUGAUUGCCUUCACAGAUGUUGACCACAGAUUCUUCACAGCCAAGGGCACCAGUAUGGUCAACGUGACAACCAGCUCCACCCCUUGGGCAGAGCGUGUGCCCCCUGGGGGGUACAAUUACCUGGCACUGAUGUGUGGGGUCCCACUGAUACUCGUCAUUAUCCUGGGCAACGUCCUGGUGUGUCUCAGCGUUCUCACCGAGAGGUCCCUAAAGACCGCUACAAACUACUUCAUCGUCAGCCUAGCUGUGGCAGACCUGCUGCUCGCAGUGCUGGUUCUCCCUCUGUAUGUCUACUCCGAGUUUCUUGGAGGGAUGUGGCCACUCAGCACCUUCAUCUGUGAUGCUCUGAUGACGAUGGAUGUGAUGCUGUGCACAGCCUCCAUUCUCAACCUCUGUGCCAUCAGUGUAGACAGGUACAUUGCUGUGGUAGUCCCCCUGAAAUACAACAGAAAUCAGUUCAGUAUGAGGCAGCUGGCUCUGAUUGGAGCCACCUGGGUGUUGUCAUUGACUGUAGCCAGCCCUGUGAUAUUUGGACUGAACCAAGUGCCUGACCGGAACCCCCACGUCUGCAAACUGGAGGACGAUCGUUUCGUGGUCUACUCGUCCGUCUGCUCCUUCUUCGUGCCCUGCCCUGUCAUGCUCUUCCUCUAUUACUGGAUGUUUCGGGGCCUACGGCGCUGGAGCUCGGGCCGCAGCCGCUCCCACUCCAGGCGAGCGGCCGGGGGGAGCCGGGGUGCACCUCAGAGCCUGGGCACAGCACUCCAGAACUGCCAGGGGAAGGAGAAGACUGUGUACCUUGUACCAGGAAGUCACAAUCCUUCCUCCACUCCUGCAACACUGGUAAUCAGUGGUCCUGCAUCGCCAACAAGUCCGCUCACCCCAGACACCACCACACCAGGCAGUCCACUGAGCCCCAUCAGCCCACUAAGCCUGACCAUAGAUGAAGCACAGCUACCUCUAGGGACAGAAAGCGACCCCAUGACCACUCAGCUGGACAGUGUGACUUCCGAUGCUGAGCCCAUAGACAGAACACAAAGCACAUGCGUCCCCAAGCAGAAUGGCCUGGCGAAGAAGCACAGCUGCCAACGCUCAAGGCGCCACAAUACAAGCAGCCGUGUCAGUGGACGUGAGCGAAAGGCUAUGAAGGUCCUGCCGGUGGUUGUAGGUGUGUUCCUGGCCUGCUGGACUCCUUUUUUCGUGGUUCAUGUCACCAAAGUCCUCUGCCUCACCUGCAAGAUCGAACCGCCACUAAUAAGCGUGGUGACAUGGCUUGGUUACGUUAACAGCGCAGUGAAUCCCAUCAUUUACACUGCGUUUAAUGCAGAAUUCAGAAAUGUCUUUCACAAACUCCUCUGCUGCAGAACAUGA